CUCCGAGAUCCCAAUUCUGUUCUCCAUUGAAGCAACAACCAACUACCACCGGCUAUGAAGGGAUGGAGCAGGGAACACUUGCUUCCCAUUCCCGACACCGGCGUUCGUAGCAGGGGCUGCAUCGCAACAUGCGUGCGCUUCAUACCAGCACCGCUUUCGCUGCCCACAUGCUUCACUGCCGCGUCUAUCGCCACCAUCGCGUACGCCAUCGUCUCGUGCGCUGCAUACCAGCCACCACUGUCACCGUCGUGUGCUUUGUCGCAGCAUCCACCGACGAAGCAGCAACAAGCCACCAUCGGCCACUAACACAACGAGGGGUGCAACCUGGCCACUUCUCAUCCCGGCCACGACCAUCGCCGCGCGCUGCCAUGGAGCACCGCAAUCAUGAUGUUGUGAUGGAGCAUCGUCGGGGUUACAAUCGGGCAUCGUUGGGCCAGCGGGGAUGGCGCAUGUUGUGAUGGAGCAUCACCGGGGUUGCAUUGGGGCAUCACCGGGGCUGACCGGGUGGUGCAUAUUGUGAUGGAGCAUCGCCGAAGUUGCAUUGGAGCAUUGCCGGGGCCGACGUGGGUGGCACAUGUUGUGAUGGAGCAUCAUCGGAGUUGCAUUGGAGCAUCGUCGGGGCGAGCGGAGGUGGCGCAUGUUGUGAUGGAGCAUCGUCACAGUUGCAUUGGGGCAUCGUUGGGGUCCGCGGGGGUGGCGCAUGUUGUGAGGGAGCAUCGUCGGAGUAGCAUUGGGGCAUCACCGGGGCCCGCGGGGGCGGCGCAUGUUGUGAUGGAGUAUCACCAGAGUUGCAUUGGAGCAUCGCCGGGGCCGACGGGGUCACGCAUGUUGUGAUGGAGCAUCGCCGAAGUUGCAUUGGAGCAUCGCCGUGGCCGGCGGGGUGGCGCAUGUUGUGAUGGAGCAUCGUCGGGAGCGAGGGGGGCAUGUUGUGAUGGAACAUCGUCGAAGUUGCAUUGGAGCAUCGUGAGGGUGGUGGGGUCGCAUGACGGAGUGAUGGAGCAUUGUCAGAGUUGCAUUGGAGCAUUGCUCGGGCUACAUGGUAUAUCCUUGGAGCAUCUUUGGACAUGAUGCUGGUCCGACAAACAUUAGCGAGGUUGCACUGCUAGAUAGGGGUUGUUCGAGUGUUACGCCCCGCCAUGACAACAACAUGCUCGCGUUUGAAAUAGAUCAAACAGAUGCGGCGCUUUGCAUCCGACGACGUGCGAGGCGAGUGAUCUCUCGUGAGGACAAAUCAGAUGCUUUGUAACACACAUUAAAAUUAUUAGCUUAGACGCAUCGGUCGGACACAACAAAAAACUAGCGUCCAACUAUCCAAAUGAAAAAAGGACAAAUCGUUCGUCCGUUUGCGUGGAUCGGAGUUGCUGCAAACGUCCGCCAAACCCAGAAUACUACAUUUACAUGCAAUAUACGGAUGAAUGUUAUGGACUGCUCCCCACAAACCAAGCCCUCUCCUGUGCUGAUUUCAAGGGUGGGCCCUGCUGCCCCAGUUUCCCGUUAAACUUGUGAGCUCAGUUUGUAAGAGCAUCUCCACUCGCCUCCCAACAAGCCCCCUAGGGCGCCUUUUUUAGAGCCGACGGCGAAAAAUCGGCCCAGCCGCGUCCCUAACUCCCCGCUUAUCAUUGAAUUUGACCAAAACUAGCCGUGACAACCCCAGGUCAAACCCAAUGUUCCGGAAGGCGCUCGAGGGCGUGCGACGCUAUUUUUGGAUGCACAAACCCCACGAGUGAGCUUCUUUCCUCUCUCUCUUCUAUUUUUCUAUUAGCCUCAUCAUGUGCAUGCAGAAUUUUUUUGGUCCUCUCUCUCUUCGUAUGUGUUCGGCUCGAAUGGGGGACGGUUGAAUUGUUUUUCGCCUCGAGUGCAAAAUGCAUGCCCUAAAUUACUUUCCGUGGCUUCUGUCUGUAAGUCUAGCAAAAGUCACCGCGGAGUAUACGUGGGCACCUCCGGCUCGCCCUGGUUGGCCCGCCUAGGCCCGACCCGAAAAUCCAAGGCCUAGGCCCGAUGGGCUUGCCCGUGGGCCGGGUUUCGACCUGAGUUUUGAGCCCAUCAGCAGGGUUGGGCCGGGCUUGGGCUUGGCAUAUUAGGAUUUUAAAAAAGAGGCUCGGCCCACGGCCCAAGACCCGAUGAGCUUUUCAACAGAUGGGCCGUGCUUGGGCCUCAAAGUAGGCCCGAUGGCAGGGCCUGGGCUUCAAUUUUCUACCAUGGGCUUUUUUAGCCCCAGCCCAAGCCCGGCCCAUGGCCAGAUAUAGCGCGGAGCCCGCCCAAGGCAUCACAUCAUCCCAAUCCUCACAAAUGCCACCCAUGGCCACCUCCGCGUCCGUGCUCACCCUUCCCCGCCUCUCCAUGUCGCCACCAAUGCCAGCGCGGGCGUCGCCGACAACGACGACGAUGACGAGGAGGAUCAGGCCCCUCCGCGCCGCGUGCGCCUACACGCUCCAGGAAGGCCAGUCCCGCCGCUCCCACCGCCUGCCCUGCGGCCUCGAUCUCGAGGUCAUCGCCCAGCAACCGCCUACUCCGGCCCCGAUCCCGGGAAGGAGCGAGCGGCCGCCGCUGGUGUUCGUGCACGGUAGCUUCCACGCGGCCUGGUGCUGGGCGGAGCGCUGGCUGCCCUUCUUCUCGUCCGCCGGAUUCCCCUGCUUCGCCCUCAGUCUCCGCGCACAGGGUGAAAGCAGCAUUCCAUCUGAUGCAGUGUCUGGCACACUUGAGACACAUACUGGCGAUAUUGCUGAUUUCAUCCGAAAGGAGGUUCCUGUCCCACCUAUACUAAUUGGACAUUCAUUUGGAGGCUUGAUUGUGCAGCAAUAUAUAUCAUGCCUACAAGGUUCAGAACCUCUUCAUCCAAAACUUUCUGGCGCUGUUCUUGUCUGUUCUGUGCCUCCCUCAGGAAACAGUGGAUUAGUAUGGCGUUACCUUUUGACUAAACCAAUUGCUGCUAUCAAGGUUACACUCAGCUUGGCCGCAAAAGCAUAUGCAAAUUCAUUGCCUCUCUGCAAAGAAACAUUUUUCUCAUCACAAAUGGAUGAUGAACUUGUCCUGAGGUACCAAAAUCUAAUGAAGGAAAGCUCAAAGUUGCCACUAUUUGACUUGAGGAAGCUCAAUGCAUCUCUGCCUGUACCUUCUGCCACAGAUGGUACAUUAGAAAUCCUUGUCAUGGGUGCAAGCAAUGAUUUUAUUGUUGAUGCGGAAGGGCUUUCUGAAACUGCAAGAUUUUACAAUGUGCAACCUGUCUGUGUGGAAGGGGUAGCACAUGAUAUGAUGUUAGAUUGCUCGUGGGAGAAAGGAGCUGAGAUAAUUCUAUCUUGGUUAGAUCAACUGGAUCUAGGAUCAGCUUAGUAUUUUCUUCAUCUGAUAGAUUUGAUAUCUUGGAGACCUUUUAAAUCUUGGUUAUUUGUAGCGAAAAGGCGGUUGCUAGUUAUUACUCGGAAGUUGUUAUGUGUACUGUGUACCAUAGCAUGUUGUAGAUCUAAUUUGAAGUCUUCUUGUCUAAAACAAAUUCCAAAAUGGUUUACAUUGGAGUAUAAUUUAAAUUUGUGUUUGAUUAAUCAGAUUAAACUGUUUUUA